AUGGCUUCUGCUCCAAUUCCGUUAACUCAAUUUGACGCCAACAAGAAACAUAGCGAUCGUGAACGUUGGAUUUGCAUUUAUCCUGCUUAUAUCAAUAGUAAAAAAUCUCGUCAAGAGGGACGAAAAGUUGCGAAAGAAAAUGCUGUCGACAAUCCAAGUUAUCAAGAGAUUAAAGAUGUUCUCGGCGUAACUGGCUUGCAAUUUUUGGUAGAAAAUAAACUUUAUCCACGUGAACGAAGCAAAGAACUUCAAUGUCGUGGUCGAAUUCGAGUUCAGAUCAAAAACGACGACGGUCAACCAAUCAAAGAGGAGUUUGCAACGAGAGACAGUGUGUUGCUCUAUUUGGGAAAGUCAAUUCCUCAAUUGAAAUCUCGACAGAAUCGACCAAAUGACGCUGCUGCCCAACCAACUACUUCGUCAUCAUCUACAGGAGUUUCGCAAAAAAAUAAGAGCAAGAACAAGCGACGAUAA